AUGACGUGGCAAAGACACGGACCAGAAAAAUACUACUACUGGCACUGCUACUACUACUCGUAUCCGCCAUUGAAGAGGACCCGGAGGGAGACUGCUCCUAAACGACAUUCACCCAACCCUUUAUUGGAGUCAAUGCUAAGAAAGACCAAUGGUUGCUCUACUCUUGGUCCUAACCUAUACCUUAUCUCUUUAGAUAAUCUAAUUAAUGAAACCUAUGCUUUAUCUUUGUCAACGAAAACAUUCACUGAAAAAUUGCCACCCGGCCGGCGAGCACACGAGGUGACACCUAGAGGACAAUUAAAGGGCAAUGUUAGGUUCCUCAUAACCCCAAAAGUCUACCAAAUUUGGUGUAAAAUGAGAAAAAAGAAAAGGUUUCCUUAUAGCUUACGCCCCAAGAAAUCCUGA